AUGCAUGAAAUCGUCACUUUACAGCUGGGCCAACGGGCCAACUAUCUGGCCACCCAUUUCUGGAAUUUACAGGAAUCCUAUUUUACAUACAACGAUAGCGAGGAGUCGCCGAUUGAUCAUGACGUGCAUUUUCGUCCGGGCAUAGGGGCUGACGGAUCAGAAACCUAUACUCCGCGCACGGUGAUUUAUGAUUUAAAGGGCGGAUUUGGUACUUUGCGCAAGUACAAUGCGCUUUACGAGUUGACCGACGAAGCAGCAUCCGGGCAAGGCCUUUGGGACGGUCAAGCAAUCGUUCAAAAACAAGCACCGAUCAUGCCCAGUGACUAUCAGAAAAGCCUAGACCAAGGUACUCCAGCGCCGCGAUUGACAUCGGAAACUGUACGUUAUUGGUCCGAUUACAACAGGGUCUUCUAUCACCCUCGAUCUGCCGUACAACUCAACGAAUAUGAGCUGAAUUCCCAAACCAUGCCAUUCGAGGAUUGGAAUGUGGGUGAAGAGCUGUUCAAUGACAUCGACAAAGAACAUGAUCUUUUAGACCGGGACGUGAGGCCUUUCGCCGAAGAAUGUGACCAGCUACGGGCGCUCCAGAUUUUCACUGGAGCCGAUGAUGCCUGGGGUGGCUUUUCCGCUCGGUAUAUCGACCGGCUCCGUGACGAGUAUGGAAAGAAGAGCAUCUGGGUCUGGGCAAUCGAGGACGGAACGAGGGUUCAGAGGCAUCGCCAGGUGAAAAAGGACACGAACAAAGCCAAGUCACUUUACUGCAUUGCUCCCCAGUCGACAAUUUAUGUCCCAAUCCUGGAUGUUCCCCCAAAACUUCCGGAAUAUAUCAACGUGGACCGAAGCUCAGAGUGGCAAAAAACUGCAUUAAUCAGCUCUGCCCUCGAAACAGUCACUUUACCAUCACGGUUACGACCCUACCAUGACUUCGAAUCUUCCCUCGCUGGAGGUGAUGGAUCACAUAGUAUUUUCGAACUGCAAUCUACCAUCAAUCCCAAUAGGGAAAACCAUAAUGGCGAAUCGUCAGAUAAUAAGCUAGACAAGGCUGAAACAGAAUUUGAUAUCGACUUUACCUACGGCGGGGAGGGCAGCAAAGAACCUCACGUUUUUAACCAAGUGCAGGUGACUCGCGGCGCGGAUCCCCCAAAGUCCACCGAACCGAUCGAAAGUGACCUUGGGCGCGUUCGGAAGCUCCAUCUCUAUAACUCCGAGGCGAUGCUUCAGUGCUACUAUACUCCGCUUCGCUUGCCCAUUUUGGAUAGUUUUCCACAUGACCUUUACCCAGCUUGCGCAUCUGGUAAAGGUCUCGGUGUGUUUUCCACCUUGAGCGCUUCGACUCGAACCGCAGAAAGGAUCAAGGCUAUUGUGACCGCUACAGCACGAUUCUUGCCAGUGGACGAACGGGAGGCAAUGGUGAAUGGCCUUGGCGAGAUCCGUGAGUCUUAUGAGACCGGAUGGGAUAGUGGAUCUGAAGACGAUGAUUAG